GAGAGCGCUCUGUUCUAUCUGUUCUGCCUGAUACUCGUCUCUGAUAUGUUUUCUGCAAUCCGCAUUUCAGUUCCUAAGGUCAGGGUUUUCUCCUUUAUUCCUCAACCGGCAGCAGGAAGGAGCUGCAGCAGCGCUCUAAUGGAGGAUUCUCUUGACGGUCUGUCUACCAUUUGACGCGGAAGAAGAUGCUUGUGGAAUGGCAUUGAGUGGCAUCUCAUAUUAUCAAGGAGUAUAUGGGAAUCUUCACACAACAGCUGUCAUAAUCGGAGGAGCUUUUGUUCUAGUUGCGUUGGUCCUUUCCAUCCUUCUAAUUCUCGAACAUCUCAGAUCAUACACUAAUCCUGAAGAACAAAAAUGGAUUAUUGGUAUUCUUUUCAUGGUUCCCGUCUAUGCUAGUGAGUCUUUAAUAUCUCUGUUGAUCCCGAAAGUUUCUAUUGUGUGCGACAUCUUAAGGAAUUGUUAUGAAGCAUUUGCCUUGUACUCUUUUGGAAGCUAUUUGGUUGCGUGCCUUGGUGGCGAGCACAGAGUCAUAGAACUGCUUGAGGAUGAGUCGAGGAAGCAGCUUAGCGAGCCGCUGCUACAGGAUGAGGGCAAUAAAGGAGCAGUGCAACGGAGUUCAUUCAUUCACUUCUUCCUUUGGCCCAGUGUCCUUGGAAAAGCUGUAUACACGAUAGAAAAGUUUGGUCUUGUACAAUAUAUGAUUCUGAAAAUGGUCUGUGCCUUCCUUGCAUUGUUAUUGGAGCUCCUUGGUGUUUAUGGUGACGGGGAAUUCAAGUGGUACUAUGGAUACCCGUACAUCACCGUGGUUUUGAACUUCAGUCAGAUGUGGGCUUUGUAUUGUCUUGUACAGUUCUACAAUGUGACUCAUCAUAGAUUGCAACCAAUAAGACCACUAGCGAAAUUCAUUAGCUUUAAGGCUAUUGUAUUUGCAACGUGGUGGCAAGGCGUGGGGAUUGCGAUAUUAUGUGCGCUUGGUGUUCUGCCAAAGGAGGGGAAAUUUCAAAAUGGGCUUCAAAAUUUUCUCAUCUGCAUUGAAAUGGCUAUUGCAGCCGUCGCCCAUGUUUUUGUUUUCUCAGCAAAUCCCUAUCAAUUUGUGCCGGUUUCUGAGCAUGGGAAGGUCACUACCGAGGCCACGAAAGCCACAUUAAAGAUAGAAGGCUCUGAAGAAAAGCCAGCUGCCAUUAAGUGGAAGGAAGCCUGCAUAGAGGCUCCCGGAACAAGCAUCACUGAGAGCGUACAGGAUGUUGUACUUGGAGGUGGUGAACAUGUGGUGAAAGAUGUCGUGCUGACUAUAACCCAAGCAAUGGAGCCCGUCGAGAAGGGCGUGACAAAAAUACAGGAGACUUUCCAUCACAUGUCGCUUGGUUCCAAUCAUAAGGAAGAAGUAGAAAUCGAUGAACACUUGAAGGAAGAUGUCACAGAGAGCGGUCCCAAUGUGGUAAGUUCAGAGAAGAAGGUGAUGAAAGGUCGCUGAAUCCAGUGAUGGAGAUGAUCAGCUGAGAAGAUGGUGAGAUGAAAACUUUACAAAGAUUGAUGAAAGGCCGCCGAAUCCAGUGAUGGAGAUGAUCAGCUCAGAAGAUGGUGAGAUGAAAGCUUUACAAAGAUUGCUACCAUCUAACAGCCGUCUAGUGGUGGCGAUCCCAGAUCACAUUUUUCCUGAUUGAGUAAAAUUCUUCAGAAUAGAAGAUAAUAAAAUAUCAUACUUUUUUAUGGAAAAGCUCCAUUUGCCAGAGAGAGGAGAGCUGAUGCCUUUGUAAGGUGAGGAUGGGAGAUGUAUCAUAAGUUAAAAACUCGAUUCUAACUCGAUGUCAGCUAUGUUGGUUUGACUCAAUGACUCAGCCCCACUCAACUCGAUGGUUAAUAAAUAUAAAUUUUAGAUAA